UUGGCUUGGCAACAUUUCCGUCAAACCGGUUAACGGAAGUGUAACCACCCACAACAAAGAUGGAGGACGAUAUCUCAGUUUUGAGCAGACCACAAAUGUAUUUGUUUGGUUGCACCCUCAAAUCGGACAAACGCGAGUUCAGAGUCGACGCGGAUGACGAUGACGCGGAGCAGCAGCUGUCACUCAAAGCAGUGUGUCUGGGGGCCGAGGCCGAGGACAAGUUCCACAUGGUGGAAAUCGAAGGCCUCACGUAUGAUGGGAAAUCGACCAAAGUGCCGCUGGUUGUCCUGAAGCCGUCCGUCCUGCCCUCUAUGAGUUUGGGUGGAUUUGAGAUCACGCCUCCAGUUACCUUCCGUCUCCAGUCUGGCUCUGGCCCGGUCCACAUCAGCGGGCAGCAUUUCAUUAGCGUGAAGGAUUCGGAGGAUGAAGAGGAGGAGAACAACAGCUCACCGGUGAAGCGGCCCGCGGGCCUCAUUUCGGGGAAGAAGCCUCCGCUGAAAAAACUAAAGAUGGAGUCUGACGAUGAUGAAGACGACAGUGACGAGGAUGAGGACGAUGAUGAUGAAGAUGACGACAGUGAUGAAAACGAUGUGAAGCCUCAGAAAAAUGCUGGAAAAGAACAAAAAAAAAGAUCAGAGAAUCCCGUCAAGACUCUGGUGAAACAAAACGGCCCCGCGGGGAAACCCUCAGGAUCAGCAGUCAAACCCCAGAUGAAGAAACCUGCCCCGGGGGGGAGAGACAAAGCCCAGGCCGGCCCGGCUAAACCUCUCUCUCCCAGCGAGAUUAGGAGCAAGCUGUCGACGGCGGCCAAAGAGGGAAAACCGCUGCCGAAGACCGAGCAGAAGUUUGAGAAUUACGUGAGGAGUUCUUUUAGAAUCACGGACAAAAAGGUGGCCAAGGACCUUUGGGAUUAUGUACAAACACUGAAGAUUGAGAAGAAGUAACAAAACGGGUGCGUUUUACAACCUGAAAGACAUUUAAAGGCACAGUCAGCGCGAUUUUCCUACUUUCCGCCUCAUCGUGUCGUCUCACCGCUAACUCCAAGUGAGCGUAAAGUGGGCGAAGCCAUUAAUGUUGCAGCUGUCACUGUUUUUUUUUUUUGUCGAGAUGCAAAGCACCUCCCGGAGCUCAUCACCGCUCCAUCGCAUGCCAAUCUGCACCGGCUAUACAGAGGGGAGGUCACGGCACCACCAAUGAGGACCCGCUGGCUAGUCUUUUGUAAAAUUGCUAAAAAUCUAUUCUUUUUUCUCAACCACAUUUCAAAACCUCCUCGCAAUGUAGAAUAUUUUUAAACCCGCGAGCGUCGGCCGUAAAAAAAAAAAAAAAAACUGCAGGUGGUGAGGCUGCCGAAUUCCAGAAGGUGCUCCCCUCCUGGCCGGUAGAAGGUGAGAGCAUCUCACUUCCUGCAGACGUGUUCGCCUGCACGCUCUGUGGUUUUAAUGCGGAUGGCGAGUCCGGCUUCAAGUGCUUCGCAUCCGUGACACUGCGUGUCCUCGCUAAGUCAACAAUGCAAUAGGAGAUAUUGCAGAAUGUGCCUUUAAAUAUCUCUGUUGUGAACUGAGGUAAACGAGUCUGAGCAGCAUGUACGAGGGGGGAGGGUUAUGCCGGCGGAUUUUUUAAACCUAUAAUCUUUCAAAACUUUCAAGGAGAUGAGUACGUAUGUUGAACUUCAUCAACUGUUCUCGCAGCGUGACUUCAUAUCAACCCCAUUUAGUCUGAGAGAGUUCUUUUUUUCAGUGGUUACAGAAAACAUUCUUGAUAAUUUGUUAUUAAUUUCAUAAAGCCAACGCAGCUGCUCUGACUCAAAUGUUCCUUUUUAAAGUAAUCGACACUAAAGUGUACAAAAAGUUCAAAAAGCAAAUACGGACACCGUUUUCAGUUGACUCUAAUGCAUUAAAAGCUACAAGCCUAUGAUCACAGAGCAUCUUAUUUAUUACAACAUAAUCAUAAGGUGUAAAAAGGCCAGAAAAUUACGUCAGCUUAACAGAAACCACAUAAAGAGCCCCGUAAUUGUUUGCAGUGUCUAAACCGGUGCUCGGAUGACAACGAGCCUUCAAUGGCUCCGUGCUUACGUGUUUAUGGCCGUAAAUCCUGGUUCUGUAUUCGCCAGCCUUUUAUGAGCCAAAUGUUGGCCGUUGGACACCAUCUUUAACCCAUCAAAUGGCUCCGUUUUAAGCCUCCCGUUGAGAAGGAUCGUCCAAAAUCCCCCUUCUGCAGCUUAGUUCGUCUCAUUGAAAUCUCCCUGAUAAUCAACCGAAAUAUUUUAUAAUGUUGUCCUUCUGUUGUCCUGCAUGUAGAGAGGUGUCCGUAGGAGCCGGACGCCUUGGCAUGCGUAUGAGUUCAUGGUUGAGUCCUCCAGUAAUGGGUUUUAUAAUCUUCUACUUGUCAAACCCAAUGAACCUUUUCGUCCCUGUAAGCAAAUCUUUUAUUUAACAGCGCGGCAGCUAAUCGAUGACAUUUUUUAAGUGUAAUCCGCCCCCGGCUAACAGCUGGUUUUGCAUUUUUGUUUGAAAUGUUGUGUUCUAGUUUUGGUAUUGAAGUGUUUUAUGAGUAUUACCCCCCCCCCCCCCCCCCCCACCUACCUGUUAACCUUUUUUAUUUUUUUCCGACCCUUUGUCGUUUUUAAGUUGUCCCACUUUUGAUUCUGUAAACUUGAAGCCAGGAACUAAACAAGUUCAUCUGGUGGAAAGAAAUUCUUUGUUGAUAAUCCGAUGUGUGUUAAUGGCUCAUGUGGUUAAAAUGAGUAGUUUAUGUAUCUACGGUAGUACCCGACUAAACGUCGCUCUUAGAUGUUUUCUAUGAUCCGAGCUGUUUCCAUCCAGUUGUUGCAUUUUGUCUGUGACCCGAGAAACCGCCUGAAAAACAUCAGCAUGCGACUCAAGGCCAGAAACCAGGCAGAUGAAGCUGUAACAGACACUCAGACGCUGGCUGGCCUGAAUCAAGCCGAAACAACGUGCAUUUAGUCCACUUCUUUUGAUUAGUUUAUGCUCGCGUGGAUAUUCAUUCAUUCAUUCGUUCAGGGUUUGUUCAGAUGAACGUAUCCAUCCAUUGUUGUUGUUUUUUUUAUCCAUGUAACAUUUAUCUGAAUAAAGUCAAAUAUUUGGAUGUAAA